AGACCAUGUCUCGGCCUUGUUCUCACGCCCGAUUUACCUCUGGGCCUCUGGCGGGGAAGCUAAAAGAAACGAUUUCAGAAGCAGAGUUUGAUUGAGGAAAUCGCCGGGUUGCUCUGUUUUUCUUCUCUUAUUUACCCAAAAUAGUUAUUGGGCGUGCCCUGGAAAGUUAGGAAGAAAGCAAAGGGCCGGAAGGGUGCGCUAUGAAUUCAUUUCUAAGCCGAGCAUUGGCAAAAACUGCCUCGACGCUUUCCACAACGAAGCGGCGUCGGUUUCUACAGCAACCCUCUCUCUUUCUGCAAUCUUACGCCGCCACAGCUAAAACCGCCUCUGCAGGCAAUAGUGCAAGUCGUAAAACUGCUUAUAAGCUGGAAAAGCCCAAGGUGUUUGAGCCCACCGCCGCCACCACUGGAAAGCCCGAACCCGGAGAAAAGCCAGCUCCUAAGGUGUGGGAGAGGCCGAGCGAGAUUCCGUUUCAGGCCAAGGUUGCCAAUUCGGUGAACCUGAUCGGCAAAGUUCACAUUCCAGUCCAGUUCGAAGCCUCUCCUGACGGCAAGUGCUGGGCUGGGACUGUUAUCACCCAGGACCAUCCUUCUGACUCUUCCCAUCUUUGGAUUCCGAUCAUUUUCGAGGGUGAUUUGGCUCAUAUUGCUGCUUGCCAUUUGAAAGAAAAUGAUUGUGUUCAUGUAGCUGGACAACUGAGUGCUGAUCCGCCUCAUGUGAAUACAAGUCAGGGUCAGGCCAAUAUGCAGGUUAUAGUGAAUAGUCUUAACUUGGUCCAGGGAUAUCCUCAAAUGAAGAAAAAUUUUACAUCUCAUGAAAAAGAGAUACCAUUACAAAAUUCUGAUGGUGCAAAGAAAAGUGGGGACCCUGUGUUAAAUUCUUGGAGAGAACUUCUUGAUGAUCCAAAUCAAUGGAGGGAUUACCGUGAUAGUAAGCGCAAUGGAUCGGUGAAUCCAAGAUACCCUGAUUUUAAAAAUAAGGUUGGCGGUCAAGGACUCUGGCUUUCAUCUGCACCAAAAUUGGUUUUGUCACAACUUGAAGGAUUAAAGUUUGACGUUCAAACUCAAAAAUCAAAACAAGCAAAGCAGCAAAAAGGUGAGCAAUCAUGGAAGGACUUGGUGGAAAACCCAGGUAAAUGGUGGGACAAUAGAUCGAGGAAGACGAAUGCAAAAGCUCCUGACUUUAAGCACAAAGAUACUGGGGAGGCGUUAUGGCUUAAUGAUUCCCCCGCUUGGGUGCUGUCGAAGUUGCCGCCUCUCAAAAGUAAAGACGGGGUUAUUGGCUGGAGGGAUACAUUGCUAUCUUGAGACCUGAACAGGAUGGGAGUUAGGAGGUGAUCAGCUGGGAUGCAUUUUUCAGCCCAACUGCAACUUUUCGUGAUUGAAGAACAAAAGGAUUUACGUAAGCUUUCACCUUUUAGACAAUGAGAUAGUUUGAUGGUUUAUAAUAGUUGCUGUACAUGAAAAAUGGUUAGAAAAGAUAACGUUACAAUUUCAAACUAUCCUGCUAUCUUAGCUUUAUCAGCUCUAUCACAUUUGGAUAUCAAACUAUCCUGAUCUGAAAUUUGCACUAUCAGCCUUCCUGAUAUGGUGAGAAGAUGAUACUUGUACCUUUUGAUUCAACUCAUGAUUCUACCUUUUAGGUGUGGAUGUCCGUUCCAGUUGAUUCUUUUCGUUUCA